UUUAAAUUAAUUUAUAAAUUAAAAAAAAUAAUUGUAAGUGAAAAAUUAAAAAUAAGGAGGAAAACACCCUCUUAAUAUCUCCGGCAGGAGGAAGCGAAGAAAUAAAGAAGAAGAGGAAGAAAAUGGUGGUGUCUGUCAAUAAUCAUUCGUGCGGCGUGUGGAAUUUGAAUUUGAAGAAGCUGCCAAGAGAAAACCAUUUACAGAGAUGGUCAUCUACGUCUUCUUGGCUGAAUCUCAAAAAAAGUGGAGGGUUAAUGGGUUUGGAUAUCAUUAGCAGAGAACCAUCUACUUUUCGGGUUAAAGCUUCGUGCUUAUUCAACCCCACCAAUGAACCCAUCCUCAAAGAAGCUCUAAGGGAGCCAGUUGCUUUCCUGGGUGGGAUGUUUGCAGGGUUUCUUAGGCUUGAUUUGGAUGAAGAACCACUUAAAGAAUGGGUCACGAGAACAGUGGAAGCGUCUGGAAUUACAACAGAAGAUAUUGAUGCUGAAGGGUCAAAACUAGAAGAAACCCCACAACAGAUAGAGAUAGAAUAAUUGUUAACUUGCUUUGCCAUGUGAAAUAGAUCUUCGUUGGCAAUAUUUCGGGAUAUUUGGUUUGACUUGUUCAAAGGUGUAAUGUAAUGGGGAUUACCUUGAUUCAUUACAUUGUUUGAAUGCAUAAACAAAUCUUUUAUAAUGUAAAUGCUAAAUUAUUAUUACUUUA